CUCCGCCAUAUUGAUAAAGUUGAGGGUACUUUCCAGAAAACAAAUUUAACGACAGUUGAGCUUUCACCGCUAUUUUGUCAAAAAGAUAUAAAAUAUGGCUUUAAAACGAAUCAAUAAGGAAUUACAAGAUUUGGGACGUGAUCCACCAGCACAGUGCUCUGCAGGACCAGUGGGGGAUGACUUAUUUCACUGGCAGGCAACUAUUAUGGGACCUCCAGAUAGUCCAUAUUCAGGAGGGGUUUUCUUCUUAAGUAUUCACUUUCCUACAGAUUAUCCAUUCAAACCACCAAAGGUUGCUUUUACAACAAGAAUAUAUCACCCCAACAUAAACAGUAAUGGUAGCAUCUGUUUAGACAUACUGCGAUCACAAUGGUCACCAGCAUUAACAAUAUCAAAAGUGUUGCUGUCCAUUUGUUCACUUCUCACAGAUCCUAACCCAGAUGAUCCCCUUGUACCAGAAAUAGCAAGAAUCUUCAAGACUGACAAAUCAAAGUACAAUGAGUUAGCAAAGGAGUGGACUAAAAAGUAUGCUAUGUGAGAAGAGACAUGCAGUAGCCUAUUCUUCUUCUCUUUGUCUUAGUGUUAAUGUCCUUUUUUUCUGUCAAGUCUGAGAUCUAAAGAUCAUCUUGCAACAGAUAUGCUUAAAUAAACAUAAAUGGAUACUGACACAGAAUAAAAUGUGAUGAUCAUUGCUUGGGAAAUUUUAACAAACGUUUUUACUUCAUUGUGGAAUGAUGGGAGAGCGUGAGAAGAAGAAACAUUUUUCUUUAGGAAUUAGAACUGGCUUCUUGGUUCAAUUUCUCCAGUGUACCAAUGGGGAAGACUGGUUUAUGUGCGUGGAUUGAACUGUUUAGCAGUUGGUACAGUCUCUACUUUAAAUGCCAAUAUAUAUAAAUAAUCUUUCUGUCAAUUAUGAAGAGAACUAGAUUCUUCUCAUUGAACAUCCAGUAAGUUGAACUGAAAACUUCAAAUUGUAAAAGUUUGAAGAUGGACAAGAGACCACAGCGAACAAAAAA